UUGUUUAUGAUUACGGGUUAAAAUAAUGAGCGGUUGGCUGAUCCUAGCCGCCAUUGUAGCAUAUGUGGUUUGUUUGAAAUGCAUUUAUUAUCGAUAUCGUCGAUCUUUAGGGAAGCCGUUCGAAUAUGUCCUGAAUGCUCUACCAUCCCGGCAAACAAACGGGGGUGAAGUUAAAGCUCUAAUUGUAACUGCGCACCCAGACGAUGAAUGCUUGUUUUUUGGACCAACGAUCAUACGACUUGUCGAGUUUAAAGUUAGCGUGCAUUUGUUGUGCUUAUCAGAAGGAGACUACUACCAUCAAGGUGCUCAGCGUAAAGAAGAACUUUUCGACAGCUGUGCCAAACUGGGCAUACCAUCCUCCAGGAUCAGCAUAAUAAACCACAGGAAACUUCCAGACGAUCCCAAAGCAGAAUGGAGCGUUUCCUUGGCCGCCUCUCUAAUUGCCAAACACUUGGAAGCUCACUCCUUUAACGUGGUGCUGACCUUCGAUGGGAGCGGAGUGAGCGGCCAUGCCAACCACAUAUCCGUCUAUAAAGCUGUAAGGCACCUUGCCGCCACUGACCAAGCACCCACUGACUGCUGUUUUCUCUCCCUGGUGACCGUUGGCCUGCUCAGGAAGUACACUUCCUUCUUGGAACUCCCUCUCAGCUGGCUCCUUCCCUCGUCCCUCUGCUGUAUCAUCGGCUCAGAAGGCUACAGCCAGUGCAAAGCUGCCAUGCUGUGUCAUCGCACUCAACUGGUGUGGUUUCGUUAUCUGUAUGUCGCCUUCUCAAGAUACAUACGUGUCCCAACUCAAGGAUGCGGGGCGGCCACUUUGAGACCAUUUCCACACUAAAGAUGCUAAAACCAAUCCUGUGUAUGCUAACGGAACAAAACAUCCACGUCUUAGCUUGUGUUAUCGCUGACAAAGCAAAGUACGGUAAUAAAUAAGAAAGACAUGUAUGCAAACAAAAGCAAUUCUUCCCAUAAGAAAUUAAUCAAGAAAUAUCAAUGAGAAAUUUACACACCGAAAACUCUGUUAGCGUUUUAUGUUCAAAAUGUAUGCCAACAUUUUCUUAAUGUGUUUUUAUCACAUAACAUCCUUGUUGGCUUGCUCACACAUGGCAACAGGAAGCAAAAGUCAGCUCCCUCGCCCUUCCGUGAUGUCAUCAGCGGAUGACUUGAUUAUAAGGAAAAAUAAUACAUAGCAUAGAGUUGAAAUAUUUAAAGAUAACAUAAGGAACUAAAUUAAUUAAAUAAUGGAAAAUUGGGUUUGAGACAAAGUUAUAAUAUGGAAAUAAAGUCAAAAUAUUAUGAGAACAAAAGCAUAUUACAAGAUUAUUAGCUUAUUUAAUAAUAAUAAUAGUAACUAAUAAUAAGCUACAUCAUAAAGCAUUUCAUUUGUCACUAUGCAGCCCUGGUUUAGGUGCUCAAUUCCAUGAAAUGAUACAUGUGCAAAUGGACUAGUUAUGUACGAAAACUGAGAGCGUGUACAAAAACCGAAUCAGAUGGAAUCGUCUUAUCUUAUUGAUAGACAAAUUCCUUUAUAUUAUGUGAAUAUGCAGCUACAGGAAGAAAAUGGCCCCCGGGCCACACUUUGGAGACCCCUCUUAUCAGUGUGCAGAAACAGCGUGAGCGUGAUGUGGUGUGUCAGCGGUUUUUGCUCAUACCAUAUCCAUCAGGGUUGGAGCGCGGUGUGUAGAAACUCUGAACGCCGCAGUUUUUACAGAAGGUGUGCUUGGCGUUGUGAGUGUUAAACGUAUAUGUGGUCAGGUCAUCUCUUCCCUAGAUGGGGGGGAAAGAAAAUGUAACUUGAAAACAUUGCCCUUGUUAAAAUGGAUGCUGCGUUACUACCUGCAAAAGUGUGAAGUUGCUUUUGGGGACAAUGAAAUGAUGGUUUUGUUUCUUUGUACAAAUACUGCAGCUGGAAAAAGAAGCGUUGUUAAAAAUGUAUGGAAAGGAUUUUUCCAACUAAUAAUUACUACAUAUCGAUGUAACUGAAUGUUCAUACUUGCAAUGGAAAACAUGGAGGUCUGGCGAGCUCCACACUUGGAACCUCACAGCUCCGCAGUGGCAGCCGCCAGUAUGCUGGACAAGGGACAUUCUGUGGGACAAAACACCAAAGUCGUUACUUCACACGUGUAAAGCCCAGCAGUUACAAGAUAAAUGUGAUUGUAUUUACCUGACCUCAGAAGGUUCGAGAAAACCGGUCUGGGUUGUGUGUUGCGAAACCUCUUGUGGCGUCAGACACCCCCGCCCGGAACAAGUCAAAGUCCAUCACGGUUAGCAUUUACAUAAGUAAGGCGUCCUCAUUCACGGCAACAAAUGAGAUCUCAGUUUCAUUCAAAUGUGAAGCCUCCCGCCAUCUUUUGUCAACCGCAAUUCCCUCUUUUCACAUGAAAAUAUGGCAACUUUUUACAGCACAAAGCUGGUAGGCCUUUUCCUGGAACACUUAGGAGGCACACUCAUUAUUUCCAAGCACAGGGCAGGGCAAAGUACAGCAGACCUGCACAAACACAUUCCAGCAGGGCUGAACUAGUUCACCCUGACACACGCGGCUCUGGGUGACGUGGUACAUCACGGGAUGGCUGGAUGGGGUGGAUGGGUGUCCUAUGACAUGCUGCUGGAGGAAAUAGCCUGACCCAAAUACACAAGUAUGAGCUGUACCAUAUCAGCACAAACAUGUUUGUGGAGGACUUCUUGUGUCUUUCGACACAAAGCAGAGGUCUGUUCCGGUCUACUCUAGUCUGGACUAGACUCAUUCUGGAGUACUGUACCUAUUAGAGUUGGGCCAUAAAAACACACCUACAAUUACAAUAUCAUACUGAAAGUAGUCAUUUAAAUGCUCUGCCUUUUUUGCCCCCAAAGCCCUCUUUUGUCCGAGCACGUAUUCCCUGUUUUGCUUACAAUACAACAAUGUGACAACAAUACAUUGGUACCGUGGUUAACGUAUGCCCCACAGGACAACAAGAUCUGUACCCCAGUUGGCCCCUGACCUGCACUUUGGACACCCCUGCUGUAAGACGACUGAGCUUUUCUACAGUAUUGUAGUGUAAUUAGUAUAUUAUAUAUACUAUAUAUGUAAUUGGUAUAAUUACAUGAUGUCGAAAUAUAUAAAUGAGAGCAACAUCGGUCGGUUUACCCCUUGCCUUGUACUGUAAGCUAAUCUGGAAACAGCUGGUAGCAUGUGUUUGCCAAGCACGUUUUCCAUCUGUUGACAAAGUCUAAUUGAGCUCGACUAGAUCUCCUUCUGUUUCAAAGGAUGUCACCCCGACGCCAUUUCAAUGUAUUUAUACUUGUAUACCUGUGUACAAUAAAAAUAUCCAGUCCCAAGAUUAGACUGAAAGUGACACAUAGACAAAAUCUUAUCUAUACAAUGUUUAAAUGGGUCCGGUUCGUGUUUGUAACGCUUUAUUUCAUAUUUUGUCGUCAACAUGUAGGUUACUUACCGCUCAACAACCAAUGGCAGACCGGAACAAUCCUGCCAUCCAAUCAAACAUCGCGGACAUUGUUGUUGCUGCGAUCCUUCUGGAAAAUUCCGGAGAGAAGAGCCGUUGUGCAAUGAUAUA